AACAGACCCCUUAAAACAAAUUAACACCUCAGUCUACAAACUAAAGACAAACUAAGAAGAUAAUAGUUUUUUAAUGGAAGAAAAAUGAAAAGUAGUGUCAAAAUUAUAUUGUUGUACUUUAUGUACACAAUAAUCUGACAGACGGGUGAUCUUGAUUGACCGAGGAUUUCUACAGACGCGUGCGAUACCAAAUUCAAAGACUGAAUGAAUUGGCCCAUCAUUUAUUGCUGAACUAUUAGCUUAGUCAGUUAGCCAAAUGACAACCAUGUGUGAUUCCUCCUCAUCUGCCUCGCUUUCACCAUCUUCAUCGUCAACAAACCUCAAAAUUGGCAUAGUUGGAUUUGGUCCCUUCGCCCAGUUUCUGGCAAAGUCUAUAAUCAAACAGGGCCAUACUUUAAAAGCAACUUCUCGGACAGAUUACACCGAUCUCUGUGUUUCUCUGGAUAUCUCAUUCUUCAGGAAUGUUGAAGCAUUUCUUGAAGCAGAAAACGACGUCGUAUUGAUAUGCACAUCGAUUCUGUCCUUGUCUGAGGUUUUCAAGUCAAUGCCGUUUCAGUGCCUGAAACGACCAACACUUUUUGUAGAUGUACUCUCGGUUAAAGAGUAUCCAAAAAAAUUUCUACUGCAAGUGCUUCCUGAAGAGUCAGAUUUGCUUUGUACUCACCCCAUGUUUGGACCAGAAAGUGGGAACAAUGGUUGGAAAGGCUUAGCGUUUGUGUUUGAGAGAGUUCGAAUAAGGAACGAAGCUACUUGCUCAAGCUUUCUCCAAAUUUUUGAAAGUGAGGGCUGCCAAAUGCUGGAAAUGUCUUGCGAGGAGCAUGACAAAGUGGCUGCUAAGAGCCAAUUUCUCACUCACACUAUUGGCAGGGUAUUAGCGGAGAUGAAGAUUGAGUCCACACCUAUGAACACAAAAAGCUUUGAGACACUACUUAAAUUGAAAGAGAACACUCUGAAGGCUAGUUUAGAUUUGUAUAGUGGGUUAUUUCUACGAAAUAGAUUUGCCAUACAAGAGCUGGAAAACCUUGAACUUGCCAUUCAGAAAUUGAAGCAGAAGCUGCUAGAUAGGAUGAAUGAAGAACAAGAUAUACUUAUUAGCCCUAAAAACCUCGUUACGAACAGUCAAACAACAACCAUGUAUUCUUCCUCCUCAUCUACCUCGUUUUCACCAUCUUCACCGUCAACAAACCUCAAAAUUGGCAUAGUUGGAUUUGGUCCCUUCGCCCAGUUUCUGGCAAAGACUAUAAUCAAACAGGGCCAUACGUUAAGAGCAACUUCUCGGACAGAUUACGCUGAUCUUUGUGUCUCCUUGGGUGUCUCUUUCUUCAGGGAUGUAGAAGCAUUUCUUGAAGCGGAAAACGACGUCGUUUUGAUAUGUACCUCAAUUCUGUCCUUAUCCGAGGUUGUCAAGUCAAUGUCAUUUCAGUGUCUGAAACGACACACACUUUUUGUAGAUGUACUCUCAGUUAAAGAGUAUCCAAAAACAUUUCUGUUGCAAGUGCUUCCUGAAGAGUCAGAUGUGCUUUGUACUCAUCCCAUGUUUGGACCAGAGAGUGGGAAAAAUGGGUGGAAAGGUUUAACGUUUGUGUUCGAGAGGGUUCGAAUAAGGAACGAAGCUACUUGCUCAAGCUUUCUCCAAAUUUUUGAAAGUGAGGGUUGCCAAAUGCUGGAAAUGUCUUGCGAGGACCAUGACAAAGUGGCUGCCAAGAGCCAAUUUCUCACUCACACUAUUGGCAGGGUAUUGUCGGAAAUGAGGAUUGAGUCCACCCCUAUGAACACAAAAGGCUUUGAGACACUUAUUCAAUUGAAAGAAAACACUAUGAAGGAUAGUUUUGAUUUGUAUAGUGGGUUAUUUCUACAAAAUAGAUUUGCCAAACAAGAGCUGGAAAACCUUGAACUUGCCAUACAAAAGCUCAAACAGAAACUCCUAGAUAGGAUGAAGGAAGAACAAGAUAUAAGUGCUGCUACACUCUGACGUAAGAAUUUCUGUGCGAGGGAGAGACUCUGACUAAGGACAUUUGGUUAAAAAAAAUAUUUGAUAAACAUUGUUGCCCAUUACAGUAAGGUUGUUCUAUUUGAUUUGAGAGGAGCAACUGAUUAAAGUCAUUUUGUCGAAAAAGAUAUUUGAUAAAUUUUAUUGCCCAAGCCACUUGAGUCUCCCUUGUGGUUGGGAAAUUAUGUGAGUCAAUGGUCUGUGGUUCGAACCCCAGCUUGCGACCAAGGCCUAAAAAGAAAUUAAUUAAAUGAACAUUGUUGCCCAUGUCAA